AUGGCAACCACAUCUAUAUUUGUUCAUACCUUCUUCCAUUCCUUAUUUUUCACCAUCCUUCUCUCAGUCUCAGUGACCAGCACCACCACCACAGCCAUGACCGACACGAAACCCCUACGAUUAGUCACCGGUCUCAUUCACCAAGACUCCAUUCUCUCCUCCUAUCAGAGUCUAGACAGAAAUAAUGUUGAACGAAGAAGAACCCGGAGGGCUGCUUUUAUCACUGAUGAAAUCCAAGCUAAUAUGGUGGCUGAUGACCGCGGCCAAGCCUUCCUUGUGAAUUUCUCAAUAGGCCGACCGCCGGUUCCACAGUUAGUGGGCAUCGACACUGGCAGCGACCUACUUUGGGUGCAAUGUCACCCCUGUGCCGACUGUUUCAGACAGUCCACCCCUAUUUUCGAUCCCUCAAAGUCAUCAACAUAUGUGGACUUGUCGUAUGAUUCUCCCAUAUGCCCCAAUUCGCCACAAAAGAAGUACAAUCACCUAAACCAGUGUAUUUAUAAUGCGUCAUACGCAGAUGGCAGCACAAGCUCUGGAAACCUCGCCACUGAAGAUAUUGUUUUCGAGACAUCAGACCAAGGCACAGUCACUGUCUCUUCUGUGGUAUUUGGCUGUGGGCGCUCGAACCGGGGUCGCUUUGAUGGGCAACAAAGUGGAAUACUUGGACUAAGUGCCGGGGAUCAAUCUAUAGUUUCUCGAUUAGGUUCAAGAUUCUCUUAUUGCAUUGGCGACCUUUUUGAUCCUCAUUACACCCAUAACCAAUUAGUUCUAGGAGAUGGGGUUAAGAUGGAAGGCUCUUCAACGCCAUUCCACACAUUUAAUGGCUUCUACUAUGUAACCCUAGAAGGGAUAAGUGUAGGAGAAACAAGGCUUGAUAUUAACCCAGAAGUCUUUCAGAGGACAGAGUCCGGCCAAGGAGGAGUGGUCAUGGACUCUGGAACGACCGCAACGUUCUUAGCCAAAGAUGGAUUCGACCCACUUAGCAAUGAAAUUCAGAAGUUGGUGCGAGGGCACUUCCAGCAAGUGAUAUAUCGUACCAUUCCGGGAUGGCUGUGCUACAAGGGAAGAGUGAAUGAAGACCUCAGAGGGUUUCCAGAGCUGACAUUUCACUUUGCUGAAGGGGCUGACUUAGUGCUAGACGCAAACAGUUUGUUUGUUCAGAAAAAUCAAGAUGUAUUUUGCCUUGCUGUCUUGGAAAGCAAUCUCAAGAAUAUUGGGUCUGUGAUAGGGAUUAUGGCUCAGCAACAUUAUAAUGUGGCAUAUGACCUUAUUGGAAAAAGGGUAUAUUUCCAAAGGAUAGAUUGUGAACUUCUCGAGGAUUGA